AUGACGGAGCCCCACAGGGUUUCGUUCACCACUCUCCACGGCCCGCUGAGCAGCAGCUUCUUGAAGAGGUCUCGGAAAGAGGAUGGAGAGCAGCCCCAGGACUCUGAACCGGCGGCAACGGCUGUUCGAAUCACGCUCACUCUCUUCGAGCCGGAUCACAAACGUUGUCCAGAAUUUUUCUACCCAGAUCUUCUGAAGAGCUGUCGAGGCAAAGUAAAAGGGGGUUCUUCAGGAGACAAGAAGAAAGAUGCUGCUGAUCCCUUUAAUGAUGACGAAAAGGAAAGGCAUAAAGUGGAGGCUCUUGCUAGGAAGUUUGAAGAAAAAUAUGGUGGCAAGAGGCGGAGAAAGGACCGUAUUCAGGACUUGAUUGAUAUGGGGUAUGGCUACGACGAAUCCGACUCCUUCAUCGACAACUCUGAAGCCUACGAUGAGCUUGUUCCGGCUUCUCUUACUACGAAGUAUGGGGGGUUUUACAUCAACUCAGGAACACUGCAGUUUCGGCAAGCGUCUGAAUCUGAAGAUGACUAUGUUAAGGAGAAGAAGAAGAAGUGUCCCAAGAAGAGGAAGUUGAAAGAUGGAGGUGAAAAAAUGAAGAAGAAGAAGAAAGAUGAUUCUUACGACAAGGAAAAGAAAUCCAAAAAGUCCAAGUUUCCAAAAGCUGGGGCUAUAGACUCGCUACGUGACUUCGACCUGGUGCGGCUCCUCAGUGAAUCCCCAGCCGGCAGUCCCUUUCCUGACAUGGAGGAUGGGAGCGAUCCUAUUGGGAUGGGCUUGGAACAGGAUUUCAAGCAACCGCCAUCCCUCCCGGAAGGCCUGCCAGCCCCCUUGGAAAAACGCAUCAAAGAACUGGCUCAGGCUGCCAGAGCUGCAGAGGGAGAAGGCAAACAGAGAUUCUUCACUCAGGAUAUCAACAACAUCAUACUGGACAUCGAGCUGCAGACCCGGGAGCUGAACAGCCAGAUCCGGUCAGGGGUGUACGCCCACCUGGCUGCCUUCUUCCCGUGCAGUAAGGACACUCUGGUCAAGCGUGCCCGUAAGCUUUAUCUCUACGAGCAGGGCGGGCGACUGAAGGAACCUCUGCAGAAGCUGAAGGAAGCCAUUGGCAGGGCCAUGCCGGAGCAGAUGGCCAAGUACCAGGAGGAAUGCCAAGCCCACACUCAGGCCAAGUUUGCCAAGAUGCUGGAAGAGGAAAAGGAUAAAGAGCAGCGAGAUCGAGUUUGUUCUGAUGAUGAUGAGGAUGAAGAAAAGGGAGGGAAGCGCGUCAUGGGACCGCGAAAGAAAUUUCAAUGGAAUGAUGAAAUCAGGGAGCUGCUUUGCCACUUGGUGAAGAUUAAGUUGGAUGGUUAUGACCUUGACAAGAAUAAGGCUCAGUCUCUAGAGGAUUAUGUGAAGACCUUCCUAGAUGGAGAGGUGAAGCCCCUUUGGCCAAAAGGCUGGAUGCAGGCCAGGACACUGUUUAAGGAGAGCAGGCGUGUACACGGACACCUCACAUCAGUCCUGGCGAAGAAGAAAGUUAUAGCUCCUACUAAGGUGAAAGUGAAGGAAUCUUCCUGCAAGCCAGAUAAAAAGGUGUCGGUUUCUGUUCCCUCGAUGCACUCAAGCAGCACCUUAGCUCUGUCCUCAGAGCCCCAGGGAGGAGCUCUGGGCAUCAGUGCCCAAACCAGGGAACUCCUGUCCCUUGGGACAGCCCAAGCAGCCAGCAGCACCGGCACUCCUGCUGCCUUCAUGGAUGACUCCUUGGAUGAGGACUUAAUUCAUAAUCCCACUUCCUCGCUUGAAGCAGUCUCUAAGGAACUGGCUGUGCUGAACAGCAGAGUGGGAGGGAGCCCUGACUUUACUCUUCCUGGAGCUCCAAAAGCUCCACCAGAGAAGAUCCCAACUCUUGCAACCUCAGAGGAGAAGAGGACAUUUCCAAAGUCCAACCCUUCCCCUACAUCAUCCUCUGGUUCCCUCCAGUCUCCUCUAAACUUCCUGGCUGAGCAGGCCCUGGCAUUGGGCCAGUCUUCUCAAGACAAAAAGGCAGAGAACUCUAAUUACAAAGAGCUCUCCUGCCAAGCCUCCCCCAGCAAAAUCCUUCCCGAUGCACAUCAGGCUAAACAGAAACACCACAGCCUGGCCCGGCCAAGCCACGGGCCUCAGACCUCCACCCCGGUGCCGGGUUCUCAGGUGAAGGUCUUUCACUCAGGCAGCCAGCUACAGAAAACUUUCACCUCCCCGGCUCCGUUUGUCAAACUGCAGAAUCCCAAGUCCUCCUCCCCACUGCCCCAACGCUCCCUCCUCCAGCAGGUCAAGUCAUCAACCAAAGCUCAGAGCUUCCAUUCCUCUGCAUCACCAGGCAGCACCCAAAACUCUGGCAGCUCCCACAAGAGCCCAGGCUCAUCCUCAUCAUCUCUCAGCUACACAGGAAAGCACUCGAGCGGCUCUAGCUCUUCAGGACAAUCUUACAAAUCGCCCUUCGUUUCUGGUUCCCUCUCCAAGCACGGGGCUUCUUCCAGCAGCUCCUCAUCUGGAGCUUCUGCAAACCAGGGCUGCUCCUCUGGGAGCUUGCUGCCCAGCGUGCAGACCCCUUCCUCGGGCCAGGCCUCCAGCCGCCCGUCCUCAAGCUCCUCGGUGAAGAAGACGCCCGUUUCGCAGAAGCUGACUCUGGUGGCACCUCCCGGAGGUUCAAACGGAGAUUCUAGCGGGGGCACUCAAGGAGUGGCCAAACUGCUGACCUCCUCCCUAAAGCCAGCUGUUGUUAGCAGCACCGCAUCUUCUACCUCUGUGCCGAAAGGAACUAGUGGAGCUGUGCUGCUAACGAGUUCUUCCUCCUUAAGUGUACUGGCUCCAUCCUACAAGUCCAGCAACCCAAAGCUGCCAGCUGCCCUGAGCUCCACCCCAUUAGGUAUUAUCUCUCCUAUUCAUUCCUUCCCUCUUCAUGUCAUCUCCUUCAGUUCAGACUCCUCCCCAAAAGCAGGAGUAUCAAAGGAUGCAAUAGUUACGGGACCCGCUCCAGGAACUUUCCACCACGGCCUUGGCCACAGUCUUCUAGCUGGCUUGCACUCCAGCCCCCACCAUGCAGCGCCACUCCCACAUUCUGCCCUGUCCACUCAUUUACCGCAAAGUUUGCCAGACACUUCUCAGCUUCACGGCAAAGGGUCCAACGCACAGCAACGCAAGUUGUGA